AUGGAGAAACAGCACGUUAUGACACGACAAAGUGUGAAAGUCAUCGGCGCCGUCAGCAAGAGCUACUAUCGCGGCCAACCUCUGCCGACACUUCCGGCGAACCCUCGUCGCCAUCUCGAAUGUUCCCCCCGGCACGUCAGUUUCCCCCACCGGAUAUCCAGUUCAAGCGAUCCUCCAACUCCCACCCUUCCCCUUCCCAUCCAGUGCCAAAGCGGUGUCGUAUUUGGUCAAGAGGUGUGCUUGGAGGAGGAGCAGGUGCUCGACUGGCCAGGUCGGCAGACCAAUUCCCGUUUUUAUCUGAGCGGCGGCAAGGACAAGAAGCUGGGUACCGGCUUUAUCGUGCGAGGCAAGAUGCAGGAUCGCGUGUUCGGCUUCACGGCGAUCAGCGAGCGGAGUUGUAAGUUGAGGAUAAGAGGCCGUUUCUUCAACUACAGCAUCAUCAACGUGCACUGCCCCCACGAAGAAAAGACCGAUGAUGAGAAGGAAGCAUUCUACGCGACGCUGGAGGAGGUGUACGAAGGCUGUCCGCGGCAGGAUGUAAAGAUGAACGCUCGGUUCGGAAGGGAGGAAAUGUUUCGACCGACAAUAGGCCCAGAAAGUCUACAUGCGGUCACGAACGACAACGGCCAACGCUGCAUCGACUUCGCAGCCUCCCGUGGAAUGGUGGUCAGGAACACUUACUUUCCUUGCAAGGACAUCCACAAAGCUACCUGGACAACACCUGAUCAACGAACGAAAACGCAAAUCGACCACGUCCUGAUCGACGGCCGAUUCUUCUCGAACAUAACGCACGUGCGCACCUUUCGCGGUGCGAAUAUUGACUCGGACCACUACCUAGUUGGAUUUGACAUGCGCUCAAAGCUGUCGACGGUGUACAACCAACGCCGGCGGGCCCCUCCGUUCAACACCACGUGCCUGCAGAACGGAGAUGUGGCCCACAGUUACGCGCAGCAGCUGGAAGCGAAUCUGCCAGGUGAGGAGGAACUUGGCGCAGCCUCGCUCGAGGGUGGUUAG